AUGACCACGGAUAAUUUAGAUCUACCCAUCUCGGCUAUUCUCUGCAUUUCGUUUGGGAUUUACCUUUUUCUAUUGCUGGUGAUAUUUUUUAUUAGGUCUCUUCUAGUUUCAAAAGGUGUAUGCAAAGCCUCGUACAGCUGUUGCGGGAUUGAAGGUGAGCCAUGCUGUCCAUGCUGUUUGGAGUUGAAUCAGUCCUGUAAUUGUGAAUAUCCUAACAAUUGCCUUGAUUCAAUAUGCCCUGCAAGAAAGAACUUGUCUUUCUCUGAUGUGGUGACCUGCCAGUGUUGCGGACCUGAUGCUUGUUGCAAUAGUAAUGAGCCAGUGUGUGACUCUGCCUUUUGUUCAUGCAACUGUAAGUGCCAGUCCUGUGAGGAAAUAAACUGCCUCUGCUGCACCAUACAGCUCAGCAAACGGCGUGCACCUCUGGAAGUCACGUGA